GCUUGGUCACUAUUUACUUAAAUAAAAAUCAUUUCUCCUUUCAACACACCUUAUAUACUCAUUAUCAUGAUCGUGUUGUAGAACUCUAAUCCAUAGCCUCUUUAUAUAUACACCAGAUAUUAUUCUCAAUCACCAUCAUCACACUUUCUAAGUCCUAAGUUAUUUCGGAACUUCAUUCUUGUAUACACCCAGUUCUUGAUUUUCAUGCUUGAAUAUGACCAAAUCCUUCAGGCUCGGGCUAUUAAAGGAAUAAGAGAGAAAGUACAAAUAGCCACCAAGUUCGGUAUACGUUUCGAAGAUGGAAAAAGGGGCAUUUGUGGUGAACCUGCAUAUGUAAGGGCUUGUUGUGAGGCCAGCUUGAAGAGACUGGACAUCAACUGUAUCGAUCUGUAUUAUGUCCGUCGUAUCGACACACAGUUGCCAAUUGAAGUCACGAUGGGAGAACUGAAGAAACUGGUUGAAGAGGGUAAAAUAAAAUAUAUAGGUUUGUCUGAGGCUUGUGCAUCAACAAUCAGAAGGGCCCAUGCUAUUCAUCCAGUAACAGCUGUUCAGAUGGAAUGGUCUUUGUGGACUAGAGAUCUGGAGGAAGAAGUUGUUCCAACUUGCAGAGAACUUGGCAUAGGUAUCGUCCCCUAUAGUCCUCUCGGACGAGGGUUCUUCUCAGCAGGUGCAAAGUUGAUUGAAAACUUGCCUGAUGGAGACUUUCGCAAGGUUAGCCACGUGAAUCAUUGUCAUCAAUAUCAUGUAAACUUAACUGUUUCGCAUUGUUAUAUUGUCUUUACAUAGAAGAAAGUUGUCUCGAAAUACUUACAAUUUCUAUGGGUAGAUGCAAAAUUCGUCAAAGUUUUCAAUGCUGCAAGGCAUUUUACAUGGAAUUCCGCGAGUGUUUACGGGGCCAAUUUAAACUAAG